AUGUUUAAACAAUCGACGCCAAAACUCACACGAAAUCCCGCAAUUAUAGUUAAAAAGGACCGAAAUUCUGUUGUAUUGGAAAGACUACAAAUCGAUACCAGCGCAGCGAUUACUAACAACGUCACUUGGAAAGCAGGAACCGAUCAUAUGGCAGGUAUUCGAGUUCGAGAGCCUCAAGGCCGACAUAAGCCAAGGCCACAAUCAAUGACAUUUUCUUCGGAAUCUUCGCCAUUAAAAAGUCCCCAAAGACAUAGCGCUAUUAUAUUCGGAAACAAAAGUCCCUUGCAAAUAUUUAAAAUUGAUAACGUUGAGAACAUUAACAAUAAAAAUAGCGAGAAAAAAGAAAAAGACACUUCUAAACGAUUAAGUGGAGCGUUUAAAUUAAUAAUCAAUUCUCGUCCAGUCUCAAAUAUUAAACGAUACUCUACACCUGGAGUUUUUCGUGGCCCAAAGGCAUUAAAUUCGUCACAAAGAAAUGGUGAAAUUGCAAUUAAAGAAGGACAAUAUUUGCAAGCUAUUCAAUGUUUCACCAAAGUUUUAGAACAAUAUCCGGAUAGCUAUAAUGCUAUGUGUGAUCGAGCAUCAGCAUAUAUGAAACUAAAAGAAUUCGAAAAAGCGUUUGACGAUUUAGAUACUGCAAUAUAUCGUAAACCUUAUAAAACACGUGGCUGGUGUCUGCGUAGCGUAGUUUGCUAUAUUAAAGGGGCCUAUGAAGCAGCAUUGAUCGAUAUCAAUAAAGCGUUAUCGAUUGAACAGGAUCAUAUUGACGCAUUAAUUACGCGUGCAAAUAUUUUUCUAAAAUUGAAGAAUUAUCCAAAUGGUAUUGAGGAUUUAAAUAGGGUGCUAAAACUCGAGCCUAAAGUUGCGACGGCAUAUAAAACACGUGGUGAAAUAUUUUAUCUCGAAAAGAAUUAUCUGGCUGCGAUUCAAGAUUUAUCGCGAGCAUUACUUUAUGGCGAUGCAAAUGAGGAUCAAAGCUUAAUUUAUAGGAUUCGAGCCAAUUCUUAUUUAGAAUUAGAUCAAUUAGAUGAGGCGUUGAGUGAUCUUAACAAAUUAUUAGAACUGAAUCAAAACAAUCUCGAUGCAUUACUUUGGCGUGCCGAGGUUCACCGUUUACAACGCAAUUUCGAUCAAGCAAUCAAUGAUCUCUUAACCGCAUCGGAUUUAGAACCAAACAAUUUGGCUGCAUUAAAAAAUCGUGGUGCUAUAUAUGCACAGGUUAGAGAUUACGAUAGUGCUUUUUCGGAUUUAAAUAAUCUAUUAACAUUGGAGCCAAAUGAUUCAUUUGGAUUAAGUAUUCGUGGAGAUGUAUAUCGUAUGCUUGGACGCUACGAGGAAGCAUUAGAAGAUUUAAAUAAGGCUAUACAAUUACAACCUAUAGAUCCAACAGCGGCAUUAAUGAGUCGGGCAGCCGUCUAUCGUAAAUUAGAUAAUUUUGAUGUGGCUCUUGUAGAUCUUAGCACAAUUUUACAAAAGAAUCCAGCAAAUUUUCACGCUCUUGCAAUUCGAGGCGACGUUUAUUUCUGGAAGCAACUCUACUACGAGGCAUUAAUAGAUUUGGAUGAAGCACUCGAAAUGCGUCCUACUGACCGAGAUGCAUUACGUAGUCGGGGGUCAGUUUAUCUUGCAAUGGGAAAAUAUAAUGAAGCACUUUUUGACUUUGAUAAUAUUUUGGGAACAUAUUCUAAUGACGCUUGGACACUUUGUUUCCGUGCACAAGUCUAUGAGAAACAAGAGCGUUAUAUUGAAGCAAUCAAAGAUUUGAACUACGCAUUAGAAAUUGCCCCACACCAAUGGUUCCCUCUAGUUAUACGUGGUAGCAUAUACCGAUCAAUGAAACACUAUAAUCGCGCAUUAGUCGAUCUUGAUUCUGCAUUACACAAUCAACCUCUAGACGUAUUCGGACGACGUUAUCAAACACUAGCUUUCGCGAAUCGAGGCGCCGUAGCUCGAAUUCUUGGACGAUUCGACCAAGCGAUGUACGAUCUGAAUCAAGCAUUACAUUUAGACCCGGAUAACUUUUUUGCAUUAAGUCAACGUGGAUCACUCAAUCGUGGCUUGGGAAAAUACAGCGAAGCGAUUUGGGAUCUUGAUCGAGCAUUGGCUUUCGAUUCGAACGAUAAAUUUACCAUUCAAGAACGUCAAAAAGUCGAUCGUGCGAUAAGACAACAACCUACGCGUGUCACUUAUGAAACUUAUAAUGGGGCAUCGGGGAUUGAAGUGCAAGUUUUGGAUACCACCUGA